GCCUCAGAGGACGAACAGGACGACGCACUGGUUGAUGAUGACACCAUGGGUAGCAAUAGUGUGGACUUGACGCUGGACGGAGAGCUUGAGAUUGAAGUUCCCCCAGUUCAUUGGCCGGCUACGCAACCGUCGUCCUCACAUGAUAGGCCGCAUUCGUCCCAGAGUGAUCUUCGAUGGUUGGAUCAGUUCGCAAAGGAGCAAGCUCAGGCUCAUAUUCGGCAGAACCUCAACACUCUCAAACAGCCUUGGGAAAGAGGACCUUUGGCAGGACUGUUCAACCCCAAGAUGGCCUGGCCUAGGCCAGCUGUCAACUUGGGGCUGCCUUCGAUUGGAGCCAUGGAGACUUUGGUGUCGACCUCACACAUUGCCAAGGAACCAGCUUUACCUAGUUCUGCCACGACUUUUGCACAGCAGCGAGUUCGUCAAAUGAGACUUCACAGAACUGAUGAUGACGUGAGACGUAAGUCAUUGGAUAGAGUCUCAACCAUGAUGCUCAUGGAUUGCAAUGCAACUAAUGUUGGCAGGUCCCUCAUAACCUUUGCUGGCACCCUGGCCGCAGACACUGAGAUCGUUAACUCCAUAUCAGAUGUCUUUGGACCGAAGAGCACGGGAACGAUUCUCAAACGGACCAAUGCCAUGUGGAGGUUUGCCCAGUGGCUCCACAAACAGAAUCUUGGAUCACCCUUCGUGCAAUCAGAAGCAGUGAUAUACAGGUAUGUCAGUUUUCUCAAGGAGUCAGGUGCGGCCCCAACUACGGCUUCUCACUUUUUGGAGUCGCUACAGUUCUUCAAUGGUCUGUUGGGCUUUGCAGCGAUCAAGGUGACAGAAGUUUUGAGUGCACGUGUCAAAGGUUCAGCUCAUGUCCAGUAUAUUGGAAAGAGGAUUCGCAAGCCAGCGGAGACCCUGACUCAACGGGAAGUGGGAGAGCUUGAAGCAAUUGCAUUGACAUCAAACAAUCCACUUCAUGUGAUCCUGGCGGGCCACUUCUUGUUUUGUCUUUUUGCCGCAGCAAGGUGGUACGAUUCGAUGUACGUUUGCGCAGCAUCGGUUUCCAAUUAUAAGGGAGUGUGGCUGGUUGAGGCGGAGACCAGCAGGCACAAGACAUCCAUGACCAAGCAGAUGCAAACAGAGCUGUUGCCCUUCACUGCUCUUGGUAGAGCAUUCGACAUCCGUGCAUGGGCUGACCCAUGGAUGAAGGCCCGGGAGGUGGCUCAACGCUGGAUGGAUGACAAGAUGACCUCAGCAGAGGCAUCGUCAUGGCUACGUGAACUUUUGGCACCAACCUCAGGUGUCGAACGGGCGGCGAAGCUGACCAUUCAUGGCCUGAAGGCAACCCUGAUCUCCUGGGCAGCUAAAUCACUGACCUUUUCACCUGAAGAGCUGACAGCACUGGGGCACCACGUCUCGAAGGCCCAUCGCUCUGCCAUGAUUUAUUCCCGGGACAACCAGAUUGCGCUGGCGGUCAAAGUGCACAACAUGUUGGCCAGGAUGCGUGCUGGGCUUUUCCAGCCAGACUUGCCACGCGUGGUCAGGCUCUUCGAUCUUGCGGCAGAGAUUGAAAGGGAACAUGAUGAGCGUCAUGAGCUGGCAGACUCGGAAUCCGAAAGCGCUCAGUCGGACGACUCAUGUGUGGCCUCUUCAGGAGACGAGCUUGAUGGGAGCCCCAAACACUUGCCAAGGAUGAACCCCAUGGACAUCAGGGCGGACAUGUGUGUUGUGCAUCACAUCUCGUCCAUCAUCCAUGUCAAAAAGCCGGAGCCUGAUGGAGACACUUUGGGAUGUGGUCGCCUGGUGAGCCAUAAUUUUAGGCCUGCAGAGGACCGUGACCUUGGGGGCAACAAGUCCCUCGUGUGCACUGGCUGCAGCCGAUAUUGGCACAGCUGGUACCGGGAUUCGUGA